AUGUCACAGCCACCGCCCUACACGUCGCAACCAAUGCCUUAUGGAGAUGUGGGUUUUUUUUUCAAUUGUAAAAGGUAAAAAAUAUCAUGAGCUGUCAGAAGUGUAGUGUACUUGAGUUUUUUUAUCCAGAUUUUAACGUUACGCUUGAAAUCUCAAAAGAAUCAAUUCAUCUAGAAUAAUAUAACAAAGAUGGAAUCCCUUUCAAGUGUAUGGACAGUAUCAAAGAGAAAUUACUGUUUUAUAAAAGUUUCCUUGCGAUUUUAAAAAUAAAACUGAAUUGAAAAAUCCCUAUCUUCUAAAGAUGCUUUCGAAAAAUAAUUCAGAGCUUCAAGGAAUAAAAAAAUGAAUUCCUGCCAAAAAAUGCAACGUAAAAGCUGUAGAAAUUAGUAUUUUCUGGAAUAAUUUAUUUUGAAUCAUCAUUUUCUAUAUAUCUUAUUCACGUCCGCCUUGAAACGCUAAGGGGGCGUGGCCUGUCUGCGCUCUCCACGAGCCAGGAACUAUCUCGUGCAUUAUCGUUUCAGGACCUUUUUCCGAUGGCUCAAGUUAGCCGUGAACCAACUAUAUUUUCUUUUUGAAUUUUUUUAUUGUAUUCAAAAAGGUCACCAAUCUGAAAAACUAUGAACUAUAAAAUAAAUUUCCAAAACUUGGAACAAAUGACGAUUUUUCAAGUUUCAAAUUUGAAAUUGGUUGUUUCUCAAGAGUAACAAUGGUGAGAGCGUAUUAUUCAUGCAUUAUUUUUCAACAAAAUGGAGUCUCAAAGCUGAUUUUGUGAUUAUUUCGAAAACCCUAAAGUCACUACAGUAAGACUUUUCAUGCGAUUUCAAGUAAACCAUUGAAAAAAUAGAGAAAAAAAUUUAUACUUUCAGGCUUUUUUUUAAAUAUUCAUAAGCCUUCAAGUACAAAAAAAUCCCUACUUUUAUUUAAUUUCCAGGCCGGCUAUCAUCCACAGAACACAAAUCCCUAUUAUAAUCAAGGUGGAGCGGCUCCCUACCCUCAAGGAUACUACAAUGGACAGCCUCAAGUCAUGUUUGUUUUUUUUUUUUUAAAUAUCCAAGUUUUGGAAAAAAAGGAGCUCAAUGUUUAAAUUGCGAUGCACAGGCUUUUUUUUCAAUCUUUCUCCCUUCCUUUUUUUUAAUUCUUGGAUUUCACUAAUUCAUCUACGUUUACUAAAUAUUCGUUUAUCGCUCCAGGACCAUUCAAAACGCAACAUCUGCACUGAUAUAUUCUUUAUCGUGGAGAAUUCUUGAAACUCAAAUUAUUCCCGUUUUCAUGCCUCUUCCAUCAUUAAAAAAUUCUUUGAGACAAUUUUUUCCAAGGAAUAUCUUUUCUAAACGAGACAUUGAAGCCUUCUUCAGACAAAAUAGAAAGAAAAAAACAGUUUCCAAAAACUUUGCGGUUUGCAAAAAAAAAAAGAAAAACAUCGGGAAUGCCGGUCAGUGACUCGGUCGGCUUACUUUUACCCUUUACUCGCAGUUUCCAAAAACUUUGCGGUUUGCAUAACCGUAUAAAACACUAAAAUAUGGUUUUUCUUGGAUUUGCUCUUUCAAAAAUUACACUUUUACUGAGCAGUAUCAAUCAAUAAAAGGUUCUUCUUUUCCUGUUUACCUACCUCGCUCGUCUGCCCCUUUACUCGCAAACAACUUGGGAAACUUUAGUCUAAAGUCUUUAGACUUCAUCUUUUUUUAUUUUUUGAAAGCAGAUAUCUAAUAAAAAUAUAUAUAAUGAUAAAUGCUAAUAUAACAUUCCAGAUACGUACAAGAGCCACGUCGGCAACAAGCGGCCGAUAAUAAUUGCUGGCUGACUUCUUUAUUGGCUCUGUGUUGCGGUUGUUUCAUCGGCGAGGUCAGUUACAAAAUAAAUACAUAGGGAAGUUCCAAAGAUCUUCAAAGCCAUUCAGAAAGACUAUUCAAAUAAAAAAAAAUAUAGAAGGCUAGGUAUUUCUUAGAUUUUAAUAAAGAAAACUUGAAUAUUUGAGGUGAUCUUUGGAAAAUUUCACUGAAAAGACUGAAAUAUGAUAAUGAGGUCUUUUUAAACACACGAUCCACUGAAAAGAAUCAGCCAGACUGCGAGAAAACUUUUUUUGGCUUUUCAAAAUUUAAUUUAUCUUUCAGGUCUGCUGCGACUCUCCAAUGUUGUGCUGCAUUAUUCCCUGUCCAAUCCGAUGUCCUCGAUUCCCGUAA